GUGUUUCAAGGGCGUUGGAGAAGCGCCCCCCCUUCCUUAAAUCCUGUCGUUUUCCCCGCAGGAGCCGACUUUUGCAUUCAAUCAAUUCAGCAUCGGGAUGUGUCCUUCGCCAUAUAUCUACCAUGGCCUCAAAUAAGGAAGAGAUUGCGGAACUGGUGGGCGAGGAGAAAGCCGAAGUAGGAAUUCCACGGGUUAUAUCAAAACUAUCUAGCGGAUCCCAUGGCCCGCUCCUGGUUGCAUGUGUAACAAAUGUCGUCGCUACAAUUGGAAUUGUCUUCACGAACAAGCAAUUAUUUCACAACCCGUCUUUCAAAUACGCACAGGUCACAUUUGCCGCGUUCUACUUUUCCGUCGCCGGUUUGACUCUCUUCCUCAUCUCAAGACCUGGCUUCGACUUGUUCCAGCCGAAGAGCGUUCCUUUCCUGAGGAUCCCGCCCUUAGCAGCGGGUUUUGCGUUUAAUGUAAUCCUACCCAACUUGUAUUUCGCUCACUCCUCGGUUGCGUUCUAUCAAAUCGCCGGUGUCCUGCUCACGCCAUGUGUCGUCGUCCUCAACUACAUGACUUUGAAGACUACCAUUUCCCGAGGCGCCGCUAUUGCUUUGGUACUAGCAUGCGUCGGUGUUGGCAUUGUCUCGUUCAAUGGUGCCCUGGGGAAGUCUAGCGGCAGACAUACAACAUCGAUACGAGGAGUCAUCUUCUUCUUUGCUGGGGUUCUGAGCAGCGCAGUCUAUACAAUCUACGCAGGCGCGUACUACAAGACCAUGGAACUUAACAGCAUGCAGUUGCUAUUCAAUCAAGCGCCGGCUAGCGUACUGCUACUUUUGUACGUGAUCCCAUUCUCAGAAGACAUGACGGUCUGGCCAGCGACCAGCGGGGAGACGUGGAUCCUCAUUCUAGCGAUCGGCAUGAUGGCGUGCAUGAUUACACUAUCCCAGCUGAUCAUCAACCAUGCGGGGGCUGUGAGUAGCAUGAUGGUUGGGCAUUUGAAGACGUGUUGCAUUGUCGGGCUUGGCUAGAUCGUGGAUCGGAAAUCUGUCAACGAUGGCUGUCUAUGGCGCAUUGCAUUGGCAAUCGGAGGGAUUUUCACGUACUCCGUGGUGACACAACACGCGCGAUCGCGGUAGGGGAUACGCAUCCCUGGCAUGGUGGCGAUGGUCACCGAACAGUUUCUUGAUGAUAUGUUAAUCGAAAGACUACCUGUCAUUCGCGGCUCCAUGUUUUUUUUCUUAUUCACUGACCUGAGAAUUCCCUCCUGGUCUAU